AUGGCUUCCCUGCGUGGAACCUUCUUCAUCUUCCCCAUCUUGCUUGCUACCGUGCAUUCCCAAUUGCUCUCUCCGCACCCUUCGUUCGGAGGAUCCAAUGGCAAUGAUGGGAAGCUACAUCUUCCCGGCAUCACAAUUGGAAAUCCUUUUGCCGGAGAUGUUAAGGUGAACGAUCCGGGGGGAAAUCCUCCAUUGGAGACAGACUUCAAAGGUUUGUGGGAGCUGGUUUCCACAGACUCCGGGGCCAAUGCCAUGCACAUCAAUUUACUUCCCAACAACAAGGUUAUAAUGUUCGAUGCCACAGCCUUCCACAUGUCAACAAUUAAACUGCCAAACGGAGAAUGCUUUCCUUAUAAGACAGAUCAAGGUGUUGAGAAACAGGAUUGUUGGUGUCACGCAGUGGAGUUUGAUAUUGUCACAGCACAAAUAAGACCACUAAAGGUUGAGUGGGAUCCAUGGUGCUCAUCAGGAGGCCUUGCAGCCGAUGGUACCUUGGUUAGCACUGGUGGGUGGCUAAGAGGCUCAAGAACUGUAAGAUUCAUGCGCCCAUGCAAUGACGACUGCGAUUGGAAAGAAUUCCAGACUGCACUGGCAGAUUCAAGAUGGUAUGCAACACAAGCAACCCUCAGCGAUGGUAGCUUCAUUUUGGUGGGUGGCCGGAGGUCAUACAGCUACGAAUUCGUUCCGAAGCCGAAAGGAAAUACAAACCCCAUAGCCAUCAAGUUUCCCUUUCUCGACGAAACCACUGACAUGGACGAGAACAAUCUCUACCCUUUCGUCCACCUCUCCACGGACGGCAACGUCUUCAUCUUCGCCAACAACCGCUCGGUGCUCCUCGACCCAAAGACCAACAAGAUCAUCCGUGAGUUUCCUGUCUUGGGCGGCGGCUCACGGAACUACCCGUCGUCGGGGAUGUCCGCUCUCCUCCCUAUAAAGCUCUACGUCCAGAACGCCGCCGUCAUCCAGGCCGAGGUUAUAGUCUGCGGCGGCGCAAAGCGUGAGGCCUACGGAUUAUCCCAGAAGGGAACGUUUAUCCCUGCAUUACAAGACUGCAACAGGCUUCAAAUCACCAAGCCUAACGCCCUGUGGAAGAAAGAACCCAUGCCUACACCGCGUUGCAUGGGUGAUAUGCUGAUUCUUCCCACCGGAGACCUCUUGAUUCUUAAUGGCGCCAAACUAGGUACAGCGGCUUGGUACUCUGCGGAUGAUCCCAAUCUCACUCCAGUCCUUUAUAGUCCUGAUAAGCCUAGAAACCAAAGAUUUAAAGAGCUUAAUCCUACUACGAUCCCAAGAAUGUACCACUCCGCCUCGACGGUGCUUCCCGACGGGAAAGUACUAGUCGGAGGUAGCAAUCCUAACGCAGGGUAUAACUUCACGGCCAAGUACCCUACCGAGAUGAGGAUAGAGAAAUUCUCACCACCUUAUUUGGAUCUUUCUUUGGCUAUAAGCCGGCCGGAGAUCGUUGUCGAGUCGUCGGAGGCCGCUCUAGCGUACGGACAAAAGUUCUCAGUGCAGUUUAAGCUUGUUAGAUUGUUUGUGAGCAAGAGUGACGUCAAGGUGGCCAUGUAUGCCCCUCCAUUUACAACGCAUGGGUACUCCAUGAAUCAAAGACUGCUUUUUCUUGGUAAGAUUGACGUGCAACAGGCUUUGCUGCCUAAUUUUCACAGCAUUGAGCUGGUGGCGCCGCCUACGAGCGCAGUUGCUCCGCCUGGGUACUACCUACUCUUCGUCGUUUUUCGCGGGGUACCGAGCAAGGGAAUGUGGGUGCAAAUCAAGUAG